AGCUUCAAAUGAUGCGUCGACUAUUAAAUCAGUUGUCGACGUUUUUGAUAGUCGACUAAUCGUGGCAGCCCUAGAACCAAUAGCCCCAGAACUCAAACCAUUUACUAAUGCCUGAUUUACAUAAUUAGGCAGAAAUUAACUGCCAUGUCUACACCACUCUUACUGAUCACUCAAAGUACUUUAUAAUAACAGCCACAUGUAACCACACAUUUAUACAGUGCUUUAUCUAUACACUACAAGCACUUUAGGCACCUCGUAGACACCCAUGAGGUACAUAAAUUUAGAAUCACCAAUUAACCUAAUGUGCAUGUUUUUAAUCUGUGUGAGGAAGGAACCCAUUGGAAAUCCUGGCAGGAGCGGGGAGAACAUGCAAAGCCCAGCUGGGAUUUGAGCCAGGAACCUUCUUGCUGUGAGGCGACUGUGCCCCAGAACUACAGAAAUCUCCAGCGGUUACAUAUAACAGGAGAUGGUGAAUUAUUGACAGGGGAUGCUGAUACUUCAGUGCACAUUCAGCUGUUGUUUGCAGUUAAAACACAUUGCAGUUUGAUUUGUUUUGUACAAUAUGCAUAAUUUGAUGCCAGUAAUGCUUCACCGCUUAGCCCUCUUAGGUCCUUUGAAUCUGUGAGUUUGUGGCGUGUCCUGACUGUUGUGAGAACCUAAGUCCCUGGACAAGCUUUGAAGUCGUGCCACUUGGUUUCUCUGGGUGAAAAGAAAUGCUGACUUUGCCCCCCCCCCUGUUGAAAGCAAUGCCAAUCAAAUCCUACCAAGGGCACACAAUGGCCUCCUAGAGAAACCAGAGCUCAUUCAUGCAUUAAUUUAACCUGCCUAAUUUAGAAUAUCACUAAUACACCGGAAGAGGAUAAAAACUCAUUUGCUUGCUCCCUCCUGUCAUUGGUUCUGAAGGACCUCUUCCAAAUGGCAUCUACCAAGGGUAAUCAUUAUAAUGAAUUCAUGGCUUUGUCUGUUCUUUUGUCUGUUUUCCCUUUGUUCAUUCAUUAUCCUCUCAUCUCUCUCUGUUGCCACGCAAUAAUGUAAUUCUUUUAAUGCACCAAUGGAAUUUGUGUGUGCCUCUCUAUAAACACGUAUGCAUGUGUAAGUGUGUGUGUGCACCAUUGUGUGUACACACAAUCAUAUGGCAAUCAUGCCUACUCAGCAUGUCGCACUAGCAACAACUUAAGUAAGGCUUUUCCUGUGUCAUUGUUAGAUGAUCUGAGGCCCUCAUGCUGCUGUGCCUGCCUAGUGUUUGUGUUUGCAUUUGUAUCACUGUGUACAUAAAACAAAGGACCUGCUUGCCUUUCCCUUCUAACCCUUCCCAGGGUGAAAAUUAUUUACAGAUUUAUACAUACCAGCUUCUAAAACCUGAAAAACAGACGUGUAGGACUUAAUAUAUGAUUGUGUGUUUGUGCAAAUCUUUGUCCUAUAUCUACUGACCAAACUCAGAAGGUGCAGGAACAGGUUAAAUCCAUGAAAGAAGCUGCAAGGCUGCAGGGGACACUUUAGUUGCUGAAUAGAGAUUUGAAGAUUUGCCCUCCUUCCUUGGAUGAGCGAAAGGGGUGAAAGAGGGAAUGACCCCGUGUCCCCUCGUGCUGACCAACCACUGCUAGCUUGUAAAUUGAGUCCAUGUGGGUUUAUGGGUGUGGUGUCGAAUAGUGCACAUUUCCUUCCAGGAUUGGGAUUGUAGAUGUUACAUAACUCGGCAUGUGUGUGAAAUGGAACUUUGAAUGAGAAUUCAUUGUGUCCUUAAAAUAGCCUCACCCAUGGGCUCUUAACUGUCCACAAAGGAAGCGUGACAGCUGUAAACAUGCAUUUCUGUUUGUGUGCGUUUGAAGGAGAGAGCACGCAGAAGAGAGCGCGGAAAGUCGCUGUGCAGGCAUUUAGUUACAGUGUUUAGCUUGCAGAUGUGCUUUUGGAAAAGGGAUCAGAGUAAUAUGUGAGUAGCCUCAGGGGUCUUCUGAUUAUGAGCCAUACUGCGCCUCCUCUCAGGUAAUGCAGACUUUAUAGUUUCAGGGUUUUCUCCAAGGAAAAUAUUCCAUAUGGCCUUGGAUCCAAAUGCUAAAGUGGGUGUUUGCAUAAAGGUUACUGCUGUUCAUUCUGAGUAUCCUAAUGUUUGACAUGUGUUAGUCUUUUGAGCUUUGACCUACACAAAGAGGUGUUUAACUGAUUGUUUGACAGGUUGUGUAUAUGUGGGCUGGAUGUGAAGCAAAGGGGCAAGUUGAAGCGUAGAGUCAUGUUUUCCCAUUUCCCAUAAUUGUUACCUCUCACUUCAGCAUAUCCAACACCACCUCUGGGAUGGUAAAGCUGUUUUUUUUUGUUGUUUUUUUCUCUUUUUUUGUCCUUGACACAAUGAAGAUGAUCAGUAGAAAGUCAAAACUUUCGUAAAGAAGCCAAAAAGAGAAGAAACUCCCUCAUACUUUUGCCCUUCAUCAAUGGUCUGUAACUUUUCCAUGCAAUUGAGAGACAAGUUUACAUUAUCGUCUGCUGUAAUGGUAGUAAUGACAAGUGUUGGCAGCAAUGCUUGGCACUGCUCCAUCACUGGGCUGGACUCCAGUGGGUCAACCUCCACAUGUAUCAGAGACAGUUUACAACUGCGGUGCCGAAUGACUUUCUUUACGUCGCUUGCUGUGCAUGUGUACUGUAGCUUGGGGUGAUUAAUGUCCAGGCUUCUUUUUCCUAAUGAGAGCUGGGCAGCUCGUUAAAGAGGAAAAAAAACACACGGGACACUUAAAGAGCUGAAAAUUAAGGGCGUGGUGGAAUAUCGUUAGAAGUUGUCGAGCUUUUUGUCGAGUGGAGUGGCAGCUGGAGGAGGAGGAGUGGUCUAAAAGCCUGAGACGCUUAAAGGAGAUGAACUUUCUGGUUGCAUUUUUUGACCUGUAUUUUUUUAUAGGAAUCUGCAAAUUUUUUUCUAAAUUGCAUCACAUUGUCUUGUGUAUUGAAACCAGAAGGCUUGCAUAAUCAGAUAAGAGCAUUUUUAUGUCUGCUACACCCAGAGGGAACACUGGGGAAUGUAGGACAGCUGUGUUACAUUGCUUUUACCUGCUAAAGGGGCCUUAGCAACACAUGCCAAGUGAUAGUAACAUGAUAACGGUUGGCAGCUAUGUCUUGUACACAAACAAGCGUAGGAGACGUAGUUUGUGUUUGGUGUAACCUGUUUAGCAGUGUGGGUUGUUGAUGUUGUUGCAGCGUUAAACCUGUUGGACUACUGGUCACAUUCAGAGGAGAGCUCAACCACAACCAUCUCAAUGAAUAACACCAAGGAGCCAUUAACAUUUAUUCUAAAGAUUUUUUUAUUUGGGACGUGAAUUUUUCUCAAUGAUAAUCACCCAGGUAAGACUUCCCUCAGUCAUAACUCUUUAUGCACUUUGCUUUUGGUUUUUUCUUUUGCACCUCUUUAAUCAACCUUAAAUGAAGACACGGUUCAGAUGUUAUGCUUUGGUUCUUUUAUAGUAAAACACUAACAUGCAUAUGUUCAGGUUUAAGGUGGGUCAGUGAAUAACUGAUUAAAAACAAAGCUUUCAAGAGCAGUGCACUCACUUUACUGUGUCCUUUCAGUCUUAUGUUAAAGAUUGAAAGACUGCCGCAUGUCCGCGCUGGUUGUCAGCAUGAAUUGUGCAGCUGCAAGCACAAAUCCACAUUGUGAUUAAAUAGCUGGCAAUAUGCAAGUUGUUGUAGUGUUGACAGGGUUUUCACAGUUACUGCCAGUGUGGAGAUAUUACUUUGUGGGGACGAAGUUUGCUUCAGCACACCGCACUCACUCCUCGUGCAUAUUUCAAGUGUGUAGUCUUCGUCUGUGCUUGUUUUACAGUGUGUAAGGAAGCGUUUGGGGAAGACAACUUAUUAGAAUCUUACGUGUUUUUUUGUCACGUGUUCAUAGAUAGUAACACUGAAUUUUCAGCUACUUCAGCUAAAGAUAUAACACUUACACACUUAUCUGCUCAAAGACAUUUAAGAUAUUUACUCCUUGGUAUUAUUCCAGCGUUUGCUACGACUCCCAAUCUGAGACUAAAUCAGAAAACUUUCCUGAGGGGAUAUGAGGUGGUUCCAGAAAGUGGGUUGGUAAAUGGCACAGGCAAAGCACAGAUGGAUGACACCCACAUGGCAGCAGAGGAGGAUGAGGGGGAGGAAGGCCACAUACCUCAUACACAGACUCCCCCCAUUACCCACUCACUCACCCACGACCAGGUCUUGGACCAAGGUGUACGGCCAAUACUUAUUAAAGGAGAGCCCGGGCUGGAGCUGACCAGCACUGCACCACUUCACCAACAAGUAUGCUCUUCUGUGACUUUUCAGAAUGGUUCUGCUGCAAACCUGAUAAAACCUAAACCUGGUGCUAAUAUGACCACUGUGUCUGCUUUGAAACGGACUACAAUGGCAUUGGAGCCUCAAAGGAAUAUCAUAGCUGCAGUUCCUAAAGACUCUGAGAAUGGACCCAUGACUCCUCCAGAUGACUUGGCAGUUCCACUAAAGAAGAUAAAACAGGAGGAGCCAUGGGUGUGGAUCACCGAACAGACCACCACGCAGCUGAGUGAUGAAGAUGAGGUAUGUGAGGACCCACUGGCUACGCUGGCAGCCGUUGUGUGUCUUUCUGUCACUGAGAGGAAGGGCCUGGAGGAGAAACUCUUCAGCUCUCGUGCUUCCAUACUUCACUCCAUCAAAACAGAGGCACCAGAUUUGCACUUUGUGAGAAAAGAGGACUUGUAUCUGAAAAGCACUCCUGUUAAUCUGCAAAGCACUCCCCCACCCAUUAAAAGUGAGCCUCUUCCAAGUGUCUUGUUACCAAGCGUGCAAUCUUUGGCAGAGAGGAGAAACCUUAGUGUUGAUCAGGCUAUCGCUAUUGAGGCCUUGACUCAGCUGGCAGCUAUACCUCAAAGCACACCAGGGUCCAUUAAAACUGAAAGUAAGUGUGAACAUCCCAUUUCUACUGCUGUGCCAUCAUCAGCCUCGAGUACAAAUACAGUCCUGCAAGAAGCCAAACCCGCAGUAGCUUUUGGCUACAACAAAGUCUCUGUCAUCAGCUCACCACUACACCAGAUGUCAGUUAUACGACCUCCUGUGGCCAGACAAGGGAAUGUCAUCCAGCGCUCCAACGGGUUGAGCAUAAACAAGCUGCAGAGCCUCUUGGAGGCGAGUUCACACAGUGAUAAAACAAUCUCCAGGAGGUCAGAACAGGAUUGUGGUGCUUUUGUCAUUAAGUCUGAAUUCAGUUAUAAAACCCCCACUGAUGUGAAGUUUAGUAAGGAUCAUGAGCGUCUGUCUAUGGAGGGUGGGGUUGUUGCUAAAGUGAGUAGAAACAGAGAUGAAGAGGAAGUGGCAGCUCAGCUGGCAAAUUUAGCCUUCAUCAUCCAGUCCCAGCACAACCAGCAGUCAGAGAACAAUCCUUUGAAAGGAGCGCCUGUUUCAGCUAUCAAAUACAACUACAAAUCCCAGCAGCCCCCCACUCAGAAAACACCUGUCAGGAAGAAAACAAAAGCUGCGCCUUCCAAGCCCAGAAAGAAGAAAACUGAUGGAUUAAAUCAGCACACGCCAAAUAGAGAGACGCCGUACAGGAGCAGAAACCAGAAGAAUCCCUUGCAGGGUAAAUCAGGACUUCACCACAAGAAAAACCUAUUUCUGCCUCAGGCUCAAAUUGAUCUGAAGAGAUACUUGGCUGAGGCACAGGAGGAGAGGAAGCAAUUUAUCCAUCAGAUUAACACUCAAAAUAUAUCUCAUUUAGGGCAUCAGACUCAGAACUAUAGCACUCUCACAACGUUCAACCACAUUUCCGGUCAAGAAAACCAGCCGUGGUCCCUUUCCAAAGGUCCACUUCACCAACAUAAUCCAUGCAACGGUUACGCUGCAGGACCAGAAGAGUACGAAAAGCAUUUGUUAUCUCAGGUAGCGCAGCCCUGUGGUGGGCUGCAGCACGGUGCUGAUCCUAACACCAGCCCAGCCAAAUCAGCUUUUCUCAGCCCUACGUCUGGGCAUCAUGGUCUGGCUAAUGGCUUCUCAGGGGCUCACCAGUCCCCUCCUCUAAGUCAACAAAGCUACUACAAGCUGGAGAGUUCAGGACCUGUCACUGUCCUGUCUACAACCACUGAUGGGAGUCAGGGACACUCUGCGGACUCAACUCCAUCCAAGAACGGCAUCAACAGUUUUCUGGAGUCUCCCUCAAGUUUUCUGGAUACCCCUACCAAGAACUUGCUCAACACACCUUCCAAAAAACUGGCUGAUCUUCCAUCCUGUCAGUGUGUGGACCAGAUCAUUGAAAAGGAAGAGGGCCCUUACUAUACUCAUCUUGGGGCAGGACCCAGCGUCGCUGCAGUGAGGGAACUUAUGGAGAACAGGUAUGGUGCCAAAGGAAAUGCAAUAAGGGUGGAAGUUGUUGUUUACACUGGGAAAGAAGGCAGGAGCUCCCAGGGGUGUCCAAUAGCUAAAUGGGUGAUCCGGCGUGGCAGUGAAGAGGAGAAGCUGCUGUGUUUGGUCCGCCACAGGCCAGGGCACCACUGCGACUCGGCAGUGUUGGUGAUCCUCAUCCUGGCCUGGGAGGGAAUUCCUCGGCCGGUGGCAGACCACCUAUACCAGGAGCUGACAGAGACCCUCUUUAAGUACGGCUCCCCCACCAGCCGUCGUUGUGCGCUCAACGAAGAUCGCACAUGUGCGUGCCAGGGUUUAGAUCCGGACACCUGCGGAGCCUCAUUUUCCUUUGGUUGCUCCUGGAGCAUGUACUUCAAUGGAUGCAAAUUUGCACGCAGCAAAGUUCCUCGGAAGUUUCGCCUGCAAGGUGACUACCGAGAGGAGGAGUUGAAGGUAGAAAACAACCUUCAGAGUCUUGCCACCGAGGUCGCUCCCCUCUACAAGAAACUGGCUCCUCAGGCUUUCCAAAACCAGGUGGAAUAUGAGGCGGCGGGGGGUGAAUGCCGGCUGGGCAAGAAGGAGGGACGUCCUUUUUCUGGGGUUACAGCUUGUGUAGAUUUCUGUGCACACGCUCACAAAGACACUAGCAACAUGAAUAAUGGCAGCACCGUGGUUUGCACUUUAACCAAGGAAGACAACCGUGCAGUUCGUAACAUGCCAGAGGAUGAGCAGCUCCACGUGCUGCCACUUUACAAGAUCUCUGACACAGAUGAGUUUGGUCACGCUGAGGGCCAGAUGGCAAAGAUCCAAAGUGGUGCUCUUCAAGUUCUGUCUUCGUUUCCUCGAGAGGUUCGUCUGCUGGCAGAGCCGGUAAAAUCAGCCCGUAAGAUCAGACAAGAGGCUCGCCUUAAGGCUCAAGCAGAGCGACUGGAGAAGAAGCUUGGGGUGACUCCUCUCACUCCUGGAAAAGUGAAAGUUGAAAGCCCCAACAAAGCUGGAUACAACAGCUCUUACAGACCUGCUAGUGUGGAAAGGUACCUACCAGAGAAGAAUCAACCCUGCACUUAUAACCAGAUCAGCAGCUACCCCACUGUGGGUCCAGGAGUCAACCCGCAGAGGGAGGUCAUCUCACCCAACACCCAUGGCCUGCCUGGCCUCCAGUUUGGACAGAAUGGCUCAGUUCUCAGUUACAAGACAAUGAGUGAUACAGUGAAUGGUUAUUCUCCAGCAUCUGGUGACCAGUGUGCUCCAACAGAGUGUAUACCUCCACGUAACACACCUGCUGACUAUGAUGGUGCUUUUAAAACUGAGCCCAGAGAGGUGCACUCUUCUCCUCAGCACAAACCUCUUCCCAGUGGGAGCGCUCCUCCUCCCUCUCUGUUCUCCCCCAGUCCAACAUCUGAGGGCCUCUUCAGCCGGCUCAAUGGGCUCCAUGGGUCUGUGGGAGAUGUCAUAGCAGAGGCUAGGGGUCAUGGCCACCCACCGAUGUCUCCUCUCUCCUUCCCUGUACAAACUCCACCAUUUGAACCAGAUGAAGUGAAGCAGGAAGAGGUGUGGUCAGACAGCGAACACAACUUCCUCGACAGCGAAAUAGGCGGAGUCGCCGUGGCCCCGUCGCACGGCUCCAUCCUAAUCGAGUGCGCGCGGCGGGAGCUCCACGCCACUACUCCAGUCCUCAAGCCAAAUCGCAGCCACCCCACCCGCAUCUCUCUAGUCUUCUACCAGCAUAAGUCUCUAAAUGAGCCGGGCCACGGGAUGGCUAUGUGGGAUGCCAAAAUGGCCAAGCGGGAACGGGACAGAGAGGAGGAGGCUGAGAGAUUGAGGCUGGAGGGCAACCUUAGUAAAGUUGCUGGAGGGGUGGAGGGAGAGGAGGAAACGGGUGAGGAGACAGAGGAGGCGAGGAUUAUGAAUGUCCCCACACGUAAGGCAUGGACUCUCCCAAGGGACGGGGUCAUCACCGCGUCCCCGUAUGCUCUUACCCAAGUGACGGGUCCAUACAAUCGCUGGUCUUAGUCAACGUGUUUUAAAUCUUGACAUUCACACACACACACACACACAGAAAACUCCUACACCCUGUGCUUCUGCCUUACCUCAGACAAUUUUAAACUGCUACUCUCAUUUUUAUUCUUUUUUUUUUUCAUCGAGCUUUUCUUAUACCUGUUCACUUUGCCCUUCUUCGUCUCUUCCUUCAGAGCGAUGAAGAAGACCAAAGGUUGUCGGCUUUUUAACUGUGAGUUUCGGUGUUGGUUUUUAUUGUAAAGAGAUGGUGCUUUGAAGCAUUUAAAAUACAUUUUUAAACUGGUUUUAUAUACAGAACAAACAGAAAAAAAAGAUGUGAUUAUUUAUUCUGAUCAUAACGAUUUAUAUUUAAUUUCUGGUGUAAGCCUGUUUACUGCAAGAUUUCUACGAUGACCUGCAUUAUGUGUUCAGAUUUUAUGUUGUACAGUAGAAAUUUACUUUUUAUUUCAGCCAAUAAUUCUCUUUUCAGAAGAUGAAUCUCAUUGGCUUUUUUUUUUUUUUUUUUUUACAUUGGUGCCAUUCUCACUGUAAUCUUUAUUAAGCAAACUCAUUACAUCACAUUAUGUAGAAAACAAGACUAACAUUCUGCAUAUUUUUACUACAGAUUGUCACAUGUAGCAUUACACAUUUCCUUCUGCUGCCUCUGACUUCUGUCGGCGGUUGAUGAAAGAAAUGUACUUCCUCGGUCUGUUGUUUGUUUAUUCGUUAUAUCCACAUCUGGAUAGUUUGUCUUUUAUUCACAGAUAUGUAUGGCAUAUUAAAAAGCACUUUUUUUUUUUUAAAAAACCUAACUUGAAAAGGGUCCCAGUCCAUAGGCCUGAAUAUGUAUGUACAGACAGAGAAAUAUAUGACAUUUUUAGCAUUAAUCCUUUUUUUUUUUUUUUUUUUUUUUUUUUUACAGUAUUUCUGCACUUAAUUGCGUUACACUCAUUUGAUUGAAGAUGACAUACAUAUCUAAUGAAACUAAACACCUAGCGAGGAAUAAUGAAAUGCUACAUCAGUCAAGUGCUUAUCAUCAUUUGCACUUUACUUACGUUCAGCUUCUGGAAAAGGAAUUCAGUUUUUUAUAGGGAACAAGAGUGAUUAUAGGAAUUAAAACACCUACUGUACAUGAUAUUGGUGCUAAGAAGACCUUUUUUUUUUUUUUUUCUUUCCAGAAACCACAAAGUGUCAGAUAUGUCAACAGAUCAUGCUCGGCUUUUAUGUCCAUACUCUUAAGUUUGAGCAUAAAGCUGCAUUAGCCACUGCUGAAUAAUCAAUCUGUUUCUUUUCCCUUGUCUUUUGUUGUGAAACCACUCAAACACCAGAUCCCACUUAGCCAGCUGCCUAAGACGAUUUCGGGUGCUCGACCUUUGUGAAAACUUUGUUUACAGAACGCUUUUUUACAGGGUCUAAAAAAAGGGGGGUUGGUGUCAACUCCUGAUUAAUCAGGAUUUCUUCCUUGUUAUUUUUCUGUUACCCAUACAAGCAAAGCUCUUAAUUUUAAGAAUGAAUCAAGAGAUGGAGACAUAAUAUUCACACUAAAACUGAUGGCAUAACAUUUCCUGUAGACGCAUUUGGGUCUUUUAAACACUUUGACUUCCUUUUGGUGCUAAUAGGACAAGAUGUCAAGGUACAUGCAUUGACGCAACCUGCUUAUGUACUGUAUAACAGUGAUGGCACGGUGCUUUUUGAAACUCAGCACUCACUGAUCCUGUAUUUGAUUCAGUUCAGUUCAUUUCUUCUGGUCGUUACCGGCUGGCAACAUCAUGACAUACCUUAAUUUGUCAAGUACAAGUAAAACAGCGCACUAUGGGCAGAUGUCCACAUAGAGUUCAAAUGUCUUCCACAGUUAAACCCAACUCUGCAGCAGUUAUCAAAAGUCACACAAAUAAAGAUGAAUGUAAAACUGUUUUUUAAAUGAGUUAAAUUUAGAAAGAAUAUUUUUUGAACAUCACGUGAUGAAAUUACAGUUCUAAAUGUUUCUCUCGACUUACUGUGGGGGACGGUUUUAGUCCAUUUCUUUAAUCAACAAAGAACUAACAACGAGCACCAGCAUAAAAAAAAAUGGGGAAAAUUCUUAGUAGAAAAUGUGUAAAUAUGUAUGUGAACCAUAUUGUUUUUACUGUAUUGUUACCGGUGUUUAGACAAUGGGUGAUCUUGCUUACUUUGAAACUGAAUUACUGUACGUCGCUUAAAGUAUAUCCAGUUUAGACUUGAGAAGAGAAUAAAUUUCGCAUUCCUUUUAUGGAUGGCUGAUCUCUUUCGGGAUUGUGAAAUAAAGUCAUAUUUAUAUUUUGGACCUGA